UGCCGUUUCACUGAGAACGAGGCUCUCUCUCUCUCUCUCUCCCCCGACCAGAAGGAGAAGAAGCAGCAGCUUAAACACUCUCUCUCUCUCUCCUCGUCUUUAUACAAAUAAGUUUAGCUUUCUCGCUCUAAAAUCUUCCUCAUUGUCUGCCUGUUUCUACUUCAAGAAUUGUUGUCUCUUGCCGCACUUUUGCUUAUUUUAACUCUCUCUCUCUCCAUCUUUCCUUUUCUUCUCAUUCCAUCAUCAAGAAGUAUUAAGCCAUCGUUAAGCCUUCCCUCUUGUUCUUCGCGUUGUCUCUGUAAGAGAGAGGAAGUCUCAGAAACAAAACCCAUUUCUUUGUCUAGAAAGAGAAAGGUGACAAACCCCAGAUUUUCGCUUGCUUAGUUUGGUCCAGUGGGAGGGGAAAAGAAGCCAUUUUUUUAAGCAAAUUUGGGAAAUUUCAUCGUUUCGGCAAAAGGGUUCAAGAGGAUUUGAAAAUCAAAACCCAUUUCAAUUCGACAAUUUGAUUUGAUUUCUUUUGUGUUUGUUACUCUUAUUCGUUUUCCGUAUGGAUCGAACCUUUGUUCUGUGAUUCUAAAAGGAGAAAGAAGGAACAGAACCAAUCUGGUCGAGAAGCUAAGAAAUAGCGACAAUGAGAGAUGACAGCUCCAAGAAAAGCAAGAUUUCAUGGUCCAGGAAAAUGGUUAGGAAGUGGUUCAAUAUCAGAAGCAAAGCCGAGGAGUUCCAAGCAGAUGAUCCUGUUUCUGGUGGAGUUGAAGUGGAGUACAGAACUAGCCUCUCAGAGAGAGAGCCCUGCACAAUCAAGAAGAGCAAAACUGAGAAAUUCAGUAAGAACUGGGAGCAGCAGGCCCGACAACGGAGAACGAACUAUGAAAAUCCCAGGAUCAUCGAUGUCCAGAACUACAGCAUCUUCGUAGCUACAUGGAACGUAGCCGGACGCUCCCCUCCUUCAGAAUUGAACCUCGACGACUGGCUUCUUUCAUCAGCCCCUGCAGAUAUAUACGUACUCGGGUUUCAAGAAAUUGUCCCUCUUAAUGCCGGCAACGUUCUUGGAGCUGAAGACAAUGGCCCUGCCAAAAAAUGGCUUUCCCUUAUCAGGAAAACGCUCAAUAACCGGUCCGGGACUAGUGGAAGCAGCGCUUAUCAUAUGCCGUCUCCUAUUCCGAUGCCCAUUGCAGAGAUAGAUGCUGACUUCUCUGGUUCCUCGAGGCAAAAGAACUCGACUUUCUUUCACCGGAGAUCCUUCCAGACACCGAGUAUAUGGAGAAUGGAGAAUGACCCUUCGGUUCCACAGGCACGGCUUGACCGCCGGUUCAGUGUCUGUGACCGUGUGUUCUUCAGUCACAGGCCGAGUGACUUUGAUCCUAGUUUCAGGUGGAAUGGAAGUGGUAGUAGUAGUAGUCGUAGGCCUAGCGAUUUCUCGAGGCCUAGUGACUUCUCUAGACCGAGUGAUUAUUACUCCAGACCAAGUGAUUAUUCUCGCCCGAGUGAUUAUUCCCGGUGGGGUUCUUCCGAUGAUGAUAACGGCCCCGGAGAUUCCCCGAGCACUGUCUUGUACUCACCAGGGUCAUAUGGUGGUUCUGCACCGAAUGAUAAUGGCUGCAGAAUCCCGUGGAACUCAUCGCAGUAUUGUUUAGUGGCGAGCAAGCAAAUGGUGGGUAUCUUUCUAACAGUCUGGGUGAAAUCCGAGCUGAGAGAGCACGUCAAGAACAUGAAAGUAUCUUGUGUUGGCAGAGGAUUGAUGGGUUAUCUCGGGAAUAAGGGAUCGAUCUCGGUUAGCAUGUUACUGCAUCAAACGAGUUUUUGCUUCAUCUGUAGCCACUUGACCUCGGGACAGAAAGAAGGCGACGAGCUAAGAAGGAAUGCGGAUGUGAUGGAGAUACUCAAGAAAACGAGGUUUCCUCGUGUCCAGAGUUUAGAGGACGAGAAAUCCCCCGAGACUAUACUUCAGCACGAUCGGAUAAUUUGGCUCGGGGAUUUGAAUUACCGGAUAGCCCUCUCGUACCGAUCUGCCAAAGCACUUGUAGAGAUGCAAAAUUGGAGGGCUUUACUGGAAAACGAUCAGUUAAGGAUAGAGCAGAAACGAGGGCGUGUCUUUAAGGGAUGGAGCGAAGGAAAGAUCUACUUCCCGCCGACAUACAAAUACUCUACUAACUCAGAUAGAUACACCGGAGAUGAUAUGCACCCAAAGGCAAAACGCCGAACCCCUGCUUGGUGCGAUAGGAUAUUGUGGUAUGGAGAAGGGCUGCAUCAGUUAUCCUACAUAAGAGGAGAGUCUCGGUUCUCAGACCACAGACCGGUGUAUGGCAUUUUCUGCGCGGAGGUGGAAUCGGCUCACAACAGGUUGAAACGAACUAUGAGUUACUCGAACUCACGGGUCCAAGCAGAGGAGCUGUUGCCUUACUCGCGUGGAUACACCGAGCUCAGCUUUUUCUAGAAACAUGGAGUUUCCAUGGUGAGCGAUGGCGUUUAAAGUUUUCGAUUCUUGUAGGGUGACGGGGACGUUUCAUUGCCCCUUAACCGGAAAUAAAAAGGUGUGCAAAGUUUUGUAAUUUUCGGUAUUUGCUUAACCGGUUUCACAUACCGGCGCUUCCCAGCUUCGACCCGGUUCACCAUUUUUCUAGGCUUUCAUUAGAUUUUACACGCCAUAAUAUUUAGAAUAUGAACUGACCCAAUCAGAAACUGCCAAGUGGACAGAUGAAAGUUCUUUUAUACAUCAUUCUUUUAUUAGCGUUAGGGUUUUUUUUUCCUUUCUUUUUCAAUUGAAGCGUGCUGCCAAGACAAUCAUAUUGAAAUGCUUAUGAUAUGGUUUGUGUGAUAAUUUCUUUUAUACCGAUCCAUCAUAUAAAAAAAAAUUUCUCAUGAUUA